GCAUUGCUUUUGCUUGCAGAAUAAAAAACAUCAGUAACUGCAGACUGAGAUAGUGAGAUGGCAGAGUCUCAGAAGGGAGAUUCUUCUUCUGUUAAUAUGAAGGAGAAAAACUCAUUGCUAGAUAUGGAUAUUGGGAAGGACUUCCUUACUUCUUGGAAAUCAAUGGCAGAAGGAGAUGGAAUGGAUUUUGACCUUACACCGGUCACUAAGGGCAAUAAAAAAUCAUUUCAAUUUGACAAAGCGGAUAUGGAUUUUAACUUGGAUGCUGAUUUUGGGAAGAUGUCAUCUUUCAAUAUGGAUAUGUCAGAUCUAGAUAUCUCCCCGCCACUUAAAAAAGAUGCAAAAUCCAAGGAGUCGAAAGAAUCAUCCAGUGGAAAGAAUAAAGGAAAAAAUGAUCGUUUUACUUUCGCAUUUGAUUUUGAUGAGUUGGAUAAAUACAAUUUUGAUUCAAGCCCAGCGAAAGAGGAUUCAAAAGCUAGAAGGGACAAAGAUAACAAAGAAAGUUUUCUCAAUGGAAGUGCGUGUCAAGAUAAGGAAGAUGCUAUGCACAUGAACCUAAUUGGAAAUACGAGUACCUUAGAAGAAGUGCCCCAAAAGGAAUCUGUACCCGGUACUGAGAUUACUUUUGACAUAGAUAGUCUAGUUGAAGGGAGUGCAGAUCUUGAACCCACAAGGAAAAAUUGUCCCUCUAAUUUGGCAAUGGACGAUGGUGCUACUUCAGAACAUUCAGCUGUAAUUGAUGAAGUUGCAUAUGAUAAAGCAAAGAUCAUUCCAGAGGCAACAAUUGCUCCAAUGGAAUUAUCAAAAACCAGUCGAUUCAAAAAUUUGGUUUCUUCAAAAGGAGUUGAUCUUGAAGCUCAUAUUGGAACCGAUCCCGUGCAUGAUUUGUCAUUUGAUACUCUCUCUAAAAAUGAGCCAAAUGGAGGUAAUUCAUCAGAGACAAAAGAUAAGUCUGACUCCAUCGAUACAAAUGGCACCGUCUCAAAUGGAGAGAAAGAUGUUAAUAUGAUAUCAAUAUCUGGCUCAACGUACAAUUAUGAACACACAAUGUCUGAUAACCCACAGCCCCUGCAGACUAUUGCGAUCCCAGAGAAGAAUAGUGGUGAGAAGACUCAGGCUGGGCUUGAAAAUCGUGUGAUGGAUAAUAGAGAGAAAACUGAACGAGGUCAAGUUAGUGAACUAGUUGAAAAAUCUCGUACAACUAGUGAUGUAUCAAAGGUGCUCUGUGACACACCACCUGGCAGAGAGAACCAGGAAAAUGCUUCGAAAACCCUCAACUUAUCCUUAGUCAGCAAGUCCAGUCAACCAGCUGAUCAGUUAGAGAAAGAAACAAAGAACAGAAGAGAAAACCUUGUUACCUGCUCAAGGUUUUUUAUUCAGGCACAGAAACUUGAACGUCCGGUGCAGAAGGUGUCAACACAGACAACAUUUUCCUCAUUAAGUAGUAAUAAGAUGGGCUCCAUUCAACCUGGUUCAGCUGAAGGCAGAAGGUCUGUUAUAUUUAUAAUUCAAAAUAUCUUCGUGAAGCAUUCAUUCUCAAAUAAAUUUUUCUUAUGUAAAACAGGGACCGCGAUAGUGUUCAAAGUGAUAGAAAACUAGUUUCCCUACCCUUG